GCGCCAGUGGGCUGCAGCAGUGAGCAGCGUCGCCCUCCCGACAACACCGUCCCACACAGAGGCCAUUGUACAGCCUGCCACUGUUUAUAUGAUACGAACACAGUCUUCUCUUCAUAAAUACAGGCUGAAAAAUACACACGAUGUCUCUUCUGGAGUCUCGAGUGUUUUCUAUCUUGGAGGAUCUUGUUGAGGCCACGGUACACAGCAUGGCCAGAGCUGAGGAUGAAUCACUGCUGGAUCAGUUUAAAGAGAGUCACUCUCUGAACGAGCCAGCAGGAAUAAAGGCUCAGCUGAACACUGUCCUUGAAAUGCACAUAAAGGAAGCGGUGGAGAAGGUCUGCAGGCUCUUUAGUGACAAUUCAGCAGUUUUACAUCUGCCUUUAACUGAGAAUCAGACUACACAGAAUAACCUCAAGAGGAAACCAAAGCGGCUGGCGAAGAGGCAUAAAUCUGUGACUAGUAGAAUGAGAGGAUCUCCUGAGGAAAUCAUAGCUGUUGCGUCUCAGAGUUGGAGAGAAGAAAAUAGUGGAGAUCUUGACCAACCUGAGUCUCUUGUUGCUUCCCUCUCAACAGAAGAGCAGUCAAACAUGAAUGGUAGUGUGAUGCUCAUUAAAGAAAAAGAAAUUCCUGAACAGAUCCAGGAGAAUGCUAUGGACGAUGAAACAUUGCAGACCAAGGAUGAAGAACAAAUGAUAGAACUCAUUAAUCCAGGACUGGUUGAUGUUUGUAUUGUAACGGUAGGGACAGAAGUGAAUGGAGUCACAGAUUUACCCAACGUAAGAAAGGUAGGGUGCAUAAAGAAACAGAGAGUCUGCUGUAAGAUCUGCAAAAGAACCUUCAGCAAGCUGCUUCACCUCAAAGCUCACAUGGCUCUCCAUGCGGCUGUGAGCAGUCUACAGUGUAAUAAGAGCUUCGUAAGGAAACGUGGAUUAGAUGCACAUCAGACAUUAAAUGGUGGGGGGUCGUUGAUUCAUCAACAGCAUGUAAGAAAUUGUAAAAGGCCUAAUAAAGCGAAAGGACACUCCAAAGGGAAAGCUUGCAUAGAGUUUGGCAGUUCGUCUGGUUCUCUCCAAAAACGCUCAGGGAAAAAGUGGUACAGCUGUGAGACCUGUAAAAAAACUUUUGCCUGUCGUUCCAAUCUCUACCGCCACCGGAGAAUCCAUACGGGAGAGAAGCCUUUUACCUGCCACACCUGCGGGAAAAGUUUCAACCAGCGGAACUCGCUGAAGUCUCACGAGCGAAUUCACACAGGUGAGAAACCUUACGUCUGCAAAUCUUGCGGAAAAGGCUUCAGGGAGGCCGGUGGUCUGAGGCUGCAUGACGGCCGGUUUGCGGGGAAAGAGGGCUUUAGCUGUGUGGUGUGCGGCUUGUGCUCAGCUUGUGUGACCGCACUGAACUCACAUCACAACACUCACAUGGCAGAGUUGCCCGUCUUAUGUAGAAUCUGUGGAGAAAGCAUUGUUUCCCUCAGCAGUUUAAAGGCUCACCAGAAGCAACACGGUGCUAGCGGAUCUUACACAUGUGGAGUCUGCGAUAAGGUCUUCCGAAGUUCAGGAAAUUUAAAAAUUCACGAAAGGACUCACACCGGAGAGAAGCCCUACAGCUGUGACGUGUGCGGCAGGACAUUCUCCCAGCAGUACAGCCUCAAGUCCCACCAGCUCACCCACACUGGAGAAAGGCCUUUCAGCUGUGACGUGUGCAGUAAAGGUUUUUCCUCUGCAGGGAACUUGCGCAGACAUCAGCGCAUACACACCGGGCAAAAACCUUACAGCUGUAAAGUCUGCGAGCUAAGUUUUAACCAGCAUAACACUCUCAAAGCGCACAUGUAUGUGCACACAGGAGAGAAACAGUAUACGUGUGACAAAUGUGGGAGGAGUUUUGGUUAUCAGAGAAGCCUAAAGAGUCAUAACUGUGCAUUUAAUGAGUGAGUCUCUGUGGUAUAGCAUGUGGUAUAGCAGUACAGGGUGAAAAAAAAAUACAGGACACCCUGUAUAUUGGUAAGAAUUUGGGGUUCACCAAAAUGAACAUUUUCAUCUGAAAUGAAAACUUAAAAAAUACGUUUUUGUUAAUUUUGCUACAUGUUUCACCAUUGCAUAUGUUAAAUAAUCGAAUGCAUUUUUUGUAAAGUGUGUUUAAACAUUCUCAAAAAUCUGAGAGUUACUGCAGUUAUCUGAUCAUUUAAGUAGUUACAUAUACCAUAUUCCAAACGUAUAAAAUUAUUAUUUUUUCUUUAUUUUAGCAUGAGGGUGAUACUGCUGAGUAAUGGAACUUGUACCAAACAUUAACAAAAAAUAAAAUGUUCACUCUUGCUUCAAA